UGAACAAAACCUGGCAACCCUUCUGGAAAAACUGAGGUUAGAAGGGAGACAGACCGGUGGUUUUUUGUGUCUCCACGUCUCCGUUUUGUGGAAACAGUUAUACGACGCUGUUAUUGAUUUAGAUAUAUUUAUAUGUUUAAAACCGUGAUUGGACCGCAUCUGUCCUGUCAGACACAGAUUAGCCGGCGUAAUUCUUUAUUUUGGUGCCUGGCAAACGCGUUGAUCAGACACCAAGGCAGAAGUGUUGUUGUUGGAUUCUGAACCAUUUCUACCGUAUUGGGCUAGCUAGCUAGCUGUCCAUCUUCGGAUAAAUAGCUAGGUAUCAGCGUUGAUUUGUAACAUUACGAUGACUACUUUGGAGUCAGUGGACCGAGUUGAAUUGUGCGAGAGCCUCCUGACAUGGGUCCAGACGUUUGGCGUGGAGGCACCAUGCAAGACAGUGGACGACCUCACCAGUGGGGUCGUCAUGGCCCAAGCCCUCCAGAAAAUAGACCUGGUGUACUUCAGUGACAGCUGGAUCGCUAGGAUCAAGCCUGAUGUCGGGGAUAACUGGAGGUUGAAGAUCAGCAAUUUGAAGAAGAUACUGAAAGGCAUCUUAGACUACAACCAAGAGAUCCUGGGUCAGCAGAUCAAUGACUUCACCCUGCCCGACGUCAAUCUGAUCGGCGAGCACAGCGACGCCGCAGAGCUGGGCCGGAUGCUGCAGCUCAUCCUCGGCUGUGCCGUCAAUUGCGAACAGAAACAAGAAUACAUCCAGACCAUAAUGAUGAUGGAGGAAUCGGUGCAGCACGUCGUCAUGACUGCCAUUCAAGAGCUGAUGAGCAAAGAGACUCCAGUCAUGGGAGGGAACGACUCCUACGUUGAACUGGACAGACAGCUCAAAAAGACCGCGGAGGAGCUCAGCGACGCUCUCUCCACCAAGGAGGAGAUAGCCCAGCGAUGCCACGAGCUGGACAUGCAGGCGUGCCAUGUUCAAGAGGAGCGAGAUAGACUGAGGUUAGAGUAUGUUGAACUUGAGGAGAGGGUGGCAGCCCUGCAGGAGGAGAAAGGCAGCCUGCUGGCCGAGAACCAGAUCCUUAUGGAGCGGCUCAACCAGUCUGACUCCAUCGAGGACCUGAACAGCCCCGCCGGCCGCCGGCACCUGCAGCUGCAGACCCAGCUGGAGCAGCUCCAGGAGGAGACCUUCAGGUUGGAGGCGGCGAAGGACGACUUCCGCAUCCGCUGCGAGGAGCUGGACAAGGAGCUGACGGAGCUGCGGGGUCAGAACGAGGAGCUGACCGCCCUGGCCGACGAAGCCCAGUCCCUCAAGGACGAGAUGGACGUCCUCAGACACUCGUCCGACAAGGUGUCCAAGCUGGAGGGCAUGGUGGACUCGUACAAGAAGAAGCUGGAGGACCUGGGCGACCUGAGGCGGCAGGUGAAGCUGCUGGAGGAGAAGAACACGGUGUACAUGCAGAACACGGUCAGCCUGGAGGAAGAGCUGCGCAAGGCCGGCGCGGUGCGCAGCCAGCUGGAGACCUACAAGAGACAGGUGGUCGAGCUUCAGAACAAACUGUCGGAGGAGUCCAAAAAAGCGGACAAGAUGGAGUUUGAGUACAAACGGCUAAAGGAGAAGGUGGACUCGCUCCAAAAAGAAAAAGACCGUAUGAGGACGGAGAGAGACUCCCUGAAGGAGACUAUCGAGGAGCUGCGUUGUGUCCAGGCUCAGGAAGGACAGCUCACCUCAGGCCUGGUUCCACUUGGAAGUAACGAGGGCUCUGAUUCGCUGGCGUCAGAGAUCGUCACUCCGGAGAUAAGGGAGAGACUCAUCCGCCUGCAACAUGAAAACAAGAUGCUGAAGCUGGCCCAGGAGGGCUCGGACAACGAGAAGAUCGCCCUGCUGCAGAGCCUGCUGGAGGACGCCAACAGCAGGAAGAACGAGCUGGAGACGGAGAACAGGCUGGUGAACCAGAGGCUGAUGGAGGGUCAGAGCCAGGUGGAGGAGCUGCAGAAGUCCCUCCAGGAACAAGGCUCCAAGGCGGACAACUCGAUCAUUCUGAAGAAGAACUAUGAAGAGCACAUGGGGAGACUGAGGGAGGCCAAAGCUGAACUGCAGAAGAAGACGGCCUACAUCGACGACCUGGAGCCCAAGUACACCUCCAGCUCUCAACGAGUGGACGAAUUGGAAGAGGCGCUCAAAAAGAAAGACGAGGACAUGAAACUGAUGGAGGAGCGCUACAAGAAGUAUCUGGAGAAGGCCAAGAGCGUCAUCCGGACCCUGGAUCCCAAACAGAACCAGGGCUCGGCCCCUGAGGUCCAGGCGCUGAAGAACCAGCUGCAGGAGAGGGAGAGGAUGCUGCACUCUCUCGAGAAAGAGUUUGACAAGACCAAGACCCAGCGAGACCAGGAGGAGAAGCUGAUCGUCUCUGCCUGGUACAACAUGGGUAUGGCCAUUCAGAAGAAGGCAGCAGAGGACCGGCUGGCCAGCACAGGCUCCGGACAGUCCUUCCUGGCCCGCCAAAGGCAGGCCACCAGCACCCGCCGCACCUACCCAGGACACGUCCAGCCUGCCACAGCCAGUGACCUGAUUGCAUGACCGCCGCCGACUGGGUAGACCGCUGCAUGAUCCGCCAUUUGCAUGACUUUGCGUUGAGCUCGGCCCUGCAAAUAACCCACCAUCGACAUCAACACUAACCUGUAGCAUGGCCCAGGCUGAGCUACCCCUAACAUGCCCUCCCCCCCCACCCCAGGAGGAGGUGAGCCCCCUUCCCACGACGCCUGACAGCCCCCCCCCCCCCCCCCCCACCCUUGCUCCUCUCACUGACUCGCUUGCUUGGGCUUCUAAACCUCUGCAAACGCCUCAAUCGCUUGGUUCCAGACACGGCUUCAACCGGUGAGAGGAGGGGGGCUAAUAUGGAGCCUGCGUUACUCCGCGUCUUGAAAGACUUUGGCAACGAUCGAAUGACUAGCAAUACAGGCAGAUGUGUACACCCGGUCAGAGUGUUGAGUCCAAAGUUUAAAUAGUCUCAAUGCUCAGCUGGGCAUGACAUGAUAACCUUCUGUGUCCUGUGCUUACAGAGGAAAACAAGAACUGAAAGUAACACUUGUUUUAAUUUUUUGGACAUUUUAUUCCUAAUCACAUUGUGUAUAGAGUUCACCUUUAUCACAUUCUUUUAUUUGAUGAAAUUGUGUCUCUGAAGACUGUUUUAUGCGUCUUGCGUGUCCUUAUUUUAUAAACCCUGCUGAACAAAUUUGGUCAGACAAAAUGUGGUCUCGUAAUGACAAGGUUAGCAGGGAAAGAGGGGGAAGGCUGCCUUGUAGCCAGGCCUUCAAAUACUAGCUUUAUAUUCACCUUUUAUUUAAACAUGCAGUAUUGGUUUUAUGAAAUGUAUUAUUAAUUUAACUUUCAUGGUACUGAACCAGACUGGACAGCCUGUCUCCUACCUGUCUAAAAUCUGUUGCUUGAUUGAUUCCUCCAAAACCUUUUUCUUUUCCUCCUGCAAAGAGCUCAGAGCUCACAGGGUAAGAUGAUGUUCAUAUAUUUGGCUGGCGUCACCAACGGCAUGUUGACAUGGACUCUUUCCCCCCCCCCCCUCCAUGUUUAUGAUGAACAUGUUCAAAGUGCUUUUUACCUCAAGUGUUAGUCUAAAGGAAAUGCAGAGAUAGGAGGAGGUCAGGGGACAAGUGGGGCGACACCACUGUGCCCCCAUGCUGCUUCUUGUUCAUCCCCACACCAUCCCAACAUAUGUGUCCGUAUUAUGCAACUGAUGAACUUGUGUGUGUGUGUGACUCUUACUUGUGUGUGUGAAAGACUGCUCAUCUUCAGCCAUGUGGUGAUACAUAGGACACGACAUAGGACGAGACGGGGGAUACCUCCUCAGAUACCCUGGCCUGUCGAGGUCAUUUGUAACGUCUCGAAAACAAAA